GCGGGCUCUUCCUCCCUGGACAGCCGCGCGCCAUCUUGUUCUCCUGUCUGUGAAGCCGAGAAGAGAUACAUCCUGUCCAAGAGCGUCGACCAAAACCGAACAUACUUAUUUUCCAGUCGGUAUAAACUGGUAAUUGUGAACGCUUUAUUUGAAGUAAUUGAACAUUGUAUUUAUUCAUUCAUUUACUUAUUUUUGUUAACGUGAAGUGUAGUAGUCGUGCUAAAGUUAACAGCAUGCUACCCGAAGUUAUCAACAUGCUAUUCGAAAGUCAUAGAACAGUGUGUUAUUUUAACGUACACCGCUUUUAGACUUCAUAAUAUACACGUUAUAUGUUCUUGAAACGUUUCUUGUCUCAGUGUUGAUCAUCUGAAAACCUUUAUUGAGUUAUACCAAACACGACACUAAGGCCUGACAUGACGAAUGAGGAAAAAAUCUUGUGAACAGUGGAUUUAGUUAAUUUAAAAUGUAAUUUAGUAACUUUAUGUCGUAAUCUAACUUUUGAAAAACUAAAUGGAAACAAACGCGUUUUUCAGGAAUUCCAAUCACAAUUGUUUUCGCUGUCCUUUCGUUUAGUGUAAUUUAUAAACGAGUAGAUUAAGCAAUUAUAAAAAAAAUCAUCUGUAAAAACAUGUUUCUAAAAUAUUUGAGAUUGAAAAACGCGGAUUUUGUGAACUGCACCCUACAUUUACAGGUGCGCCUGCAACAUCUGCGAAAUAUUUAUUCUGAUAAUACCAAUUUUAAAACUUGAUAAAUGUGGCUCAUCAUGCUCAAAAAAUACAUCAAGAACCAAAAUUUGUUAAUUUUGUUAGUUGCACAAUCUCAGGUUGUUUAUGUACUGUACCUUUGUUGUGUCCAAUCACAUCUAAAAACAUGUUCUGUCUCUGAAAGUAUUAUCCAUGUAUUAAAAUAUAUUGUGUUCCUUAUUCAAAUAACUAUUUGUUCAGCACAUGGGGAGUGUUUUUGUCUCUUUUUUGAAAUGUAGGUUAUGCAAGAUCUUGUCCUUCAUUCCAGAGGAUAACUGGAUUUGGAUAAUGAUUUAGUUUCCCUGAAGAUUGCUGCUUUUUUAAUCUCACCUUUGGUUUUUGUUUUUUCUCUAUUGGGCUUUUUUUUUUUAAGUCCCAGUCUGCCCCCCUUUAAAUUUUAAUCCCGCCUUCAAGAGACGUAGAAGAGAUUUCCUUCUUUCUUUUUUUUUUUUUUUUCUCUCGACAUCGCCAAGAUAUCCAGUCCCAUGUUUUGCCCUCGGCUCUCAAUUUUUGACAACUUCUUGCUUGAGGAUUUUUAAAGUCCCUCAAACCCCCUCACCACUCAAUUAUCAACAAUAUUGGAGAGAGGAUAGAAAAAAAAACGGACAUUUUCCACCACCUGCCAAUUUGAACCCAGCAGUCUGAUGGGAACAAGUCUCUAAGAGAGACAAAAGUUGCCCCAUCUUCCCCUGUUCAGUCUUUACUCAUCAGUCAAGUGUUCCUUCAGGAUCCACACAGUGCGGAGCGACCCUUCAAGAAGCGCUUGAGAUCACCAGGGAACGUCUCAGCCACUGCAGGGAGGUUCACGAGAUUCUGUCGAAGGCUUCCAGGACGAGAUUGCAGCAUCACUGAAGAGCUCCUGACCCAGAAGACUACAAAUUUGUGCCAGAAUGACCAUGCAAGGAGAUGACUGCUACUUCUAUUAUUAUUCCACCUGUACUAAGGGUGACAGCUGCCCUUUUCGACACUGUGAGGCUGCCAUGGGUAGCGAGACGGUCUGUAACCUUUGGCAAGAGCAAAGGUGCUUCCGUAACAUCUGCAUGUUUCGUCAUAUGGAAAUAAAGAAAAACCGCAAAGAAAUUGCAUGCUACUGGGAGAACCAGCCGGCUGGCUGUCAGAAAGCUCACUGUGCUUUCCAUCAUGAGAAGCCACGCGUCAUCGAUGGGAGUUAUUUUGCCCCAGACAAAGGGCAAGUAGUGCGAAAAGAGAAGGAAGAGGCCCCACAUGAGGAUCAAGUCAACCAAGUCUCUGUGCCCACUGCAAACCCCACUAACCCACAGUUAAGAGGGGUCAUUAGAACUGAGACCCAAGAGAAUGUCCCCAGCCCUACCCAUCCUCCAGUGGUUAUCAACCCUGUGGAUGACGAUGAUGAAGAUGAUCAAUUCUCAGAGGAAGGAGAUGAAUCUCUUGGAGGAUCACCCUGGAAAAUGAUCACAGGCAAAAAUGAUUCGCUGAACUUCGGUAUUCAGACGCUAGAGGAGAUCAGACUGAGGAAAGCACUCAUGGCCAGUCUAAAGAAAUCUGAGCAGUCCACCAUGCAAAGCUCAGCCCAAAACAAAGGAACCGCUAUUGAAAAGGAAAACAUUCAAUCUCUCUCACGUCUGGAAGUUAAUCAUGCCAGCAUCGAUUCAUCUGUUAAUGAAAUUGGAAGAAGAAAAAUUACAGACAGACUUGGGGAAAGAAUUUUGAAAAGAGAUGCUUCUGUGGAGGAAGACCUUCCUUUGAAACGACGGCUUGCUGAACGUCUUGGUAGAACUGUUGAAUCUUCCACAGACGUGCUACCACAGAAAGCUCAGAAACCAGUGCGUGAAAGACUUGGAUUGACUGCCGCACCACCUAGCACUGACAGCGAGCCAAAAUCAUCUGGAGAUAUCCAUAUAAAAACUCUGGAGGAGAUAAGGCAAGAGAAGGCAGCCAGAAACCUCAGCACGAGUACAGUUGUGCCUGUUGUGAAAGAAGUGUCGGCAAAGGAGCUGAGCCCAUCCAAGAAAAGUGUCAGACCUGCUGGGCGACUUCAGGUUAAGACCUUUUCUGAAAUCCUGCACGAAAAGAAAAAAAUUCAGGAGAAAAAAGCCAAGGAUGUUAAUACAACAGCCAAAAGCCCAGAGAGAAAUGAAGGACCUUCCACUACUGGAGCUGCGGUCAAGGCUCCUGUGACAGUAGGGGAGGUACGAGUAAAAACGCUGGAGGAGAUACGCAGGGAAAAGACAGCCCGGAUGCAGGCACAGCCUCAAGAGCUUAGCGAUGAUAAAACCCAAACUUCAGCUGAAGCCGAGGCAAGUGGACCUCCAAAGAGGCGCAUCCUACGCAUUAAGAAAAGCUCACCAACUGCAAACACUGUGGGUCAGACAAAACCAGAUGUGCCUGAUAAGAAACUAGAACCUCCUGCAGAGACCAAUGGAAAAGGCAAACCCUCCAGUGAAACUGUUAAAGUGAAAACAUUUGAGGAGAUCAUGCGAGAGAAGAGACUCCGAAAGCUACAAGAGGAGCAAGUCACCUCCACUACCCAGAAGGAUGCAGGACUGUCUGCACCUGCUGCCUCACCGCCAGCCUCUGAACAGCCCCAAACCACAGUGAGACAGCGGAUCGCCCUCAAACACAAGAGCUCUCCACUCUCUGCUGCUGUAGUGCCCCAGAAAAGCUCCCCAGAGCGGUCUGGAGACAGUUCUCCGUCGACAAACACACCAAAGCCCUCAAGCUCUCCUGUGAUACCCAUCCAGCUGACCGAGGGAACUAUUCACACAGAGACCAAGGUGAAGCCCAAGGUGAAUGUGAAGCCGUCAGUGGUUAAGCCGGCAGCCCAGCCUACCCAAAAGAGGAAAACUGCAAAAAAUCAUUCUGCUGUUGCUGAAGUGAAACCUCUUAACACUGCCUAUCAAACCCCUUCCUCGCUGGUUAUUCCUAACAAGCGCCUUAAGGUGGGGUCACCAGGCUCUCAAGAAGUUCAGUCCGACACUCAGCGAGUGCCUUCGCACACAGAGGAUAUUCAGAUGGUGCCUACGAGCUGCGUUGAGCCAGCCAGUACUACAUCCCCUGCAAUUGUUGCGGUCCCCCAAAUCCCUGUGAUCAAAACACCCAGCAUGCAGCGCUCUCGGCGGCCCAGCACCACUUCUGGCCGUACUCCUGCUGUUACCAGUUCAUCAGUGGAUGACUUUGAAGAACUGUUGGGUGAAUUUACUGAUGACCGGCUGGAAGAUGAAUUGGAAUUGGAUUCGGGCAAGGGAGAGGACGACCUUCUUUUAGAACUCUCAGAGAUGAUUGACAGUUAGACACGAGCAACAUCGUCCCUUUACUUACAAAAACACUGCCGAUAUGAUUUUGAAAGGACUGUGACAUAAUUUAGCAGCAUUUUAAAUUAAGACUUAUAUUUUCAAACUCUAAUAAAUCUGUUUUAAUGUUCCUUUUUACAUUUUUUUUUUUUCUUCUUGUCAAAGAAAUCAUAUUUACAUUAUCAAAUAGUGCUUGAGAAAAAACAGUUGUGGUGUCCAGGUUUUGUCCUCUUGUUUUAUUUUAGUUGACUUCUUAAAACUGUCAAAAAAAGGGAAAAUCUUACUUGGCUGUUGUAGGUAUUGACAAGCCAUUAUAAAACCGCCUCGGGUAUAAUGAUUGUGUUGGAAGUUGUGUUAUAGCACUAUCACUCAUUAUGUGUUACAGAGACAGGAAGUUUUCAGUUGUGUACUGUGUAUGCUGAAAAAUGUAUUUUUAUUAGAGAGGCAAAUCAAGGCUACACCUUAGUCUUCAUUUUGAGUUACAUGUAUUUAUGAUCCAUUAAAUGUUCUUUGGCCGUCAUUAUCAGCAUUGUUUGAAUAGGUCAUUUCCCUCACCUUUGAUUUAGUAUAGACAAAAUAUUUUAUGGUUUAACAGUCUGGCAGAUCGCUGAAGGGCAUGGUUUUCCUUUUUCGUUUCUGCAUAAUUUCUGUCACAGGUUUUAUGCUAAUUUUAUUAAGCAAUUCUCUUGAGGACCAUCUACACAUUUUCAGAUUGAGAAAUUAAUAAUUUUAGCAGAGAAGUUCCUUCUCAGACUUCUGAAGAAAAUGCAUAAAUAUGAAUCUGUGCUCUCAGGGAAAAUACUUCAGCUUUGUUAACCUGUAUGUUUUGUUUUUCUUUGGAAAUGUCCUGCCCAGCCAUGUCUGUUUUUGUUAACCUGAACUCAGUGACAUCAUGCAUUGAGGGUAUGUAAUGUGAAAAUGUUGUUCGCGCUGCCUGCGUUUGAUUUGCACCUCUUCAAAAUCAUCUAUGUAAAUAAAAUGUCUUUAUGAGAAAAUA